AUGGCGUCGUCGCUGGCCCAGCAGCUGGCGCAGAUUGCCGCCAACUCGCGGUCCAGCUUCAAUGUCAAGGCAUUGAAAGCAUCACACUCAAAGUCGCUGAUCUGGGAGCCCCGUGUCGCUGUGUCUCAAACGUUCGCCGAGAUCUAUUCUCAAUGUUAUGAGGGUUUCAAAGAGCUUUGCCAUCUUGACUCGCGCUUUGUGCCCUUCGACGCGACGCUGUUCAGCGCUCAAAGUCAGGAAGUCGACCGUACUCAGAUGACUGCUGAGGAAAAUGCGGCUUUGGACAAGCGUGUCGACUCAUUUUUACACCUUGUUGGGAGCCGGUUGCGGCUCAUGCCUGCUAUUAAGGCUGUUGAGUGGUUGAUUCGGCGAUUCAGGAUACAUGAGUUCAACACGGGCACACUUCUUGCUACAUUCCUCCCCUACCACACCAUCCCGGCCUUCGUGACCCUCCUUUCGAUCCUGCCUGUCCAGCGGAUUCCGAUUGAAUAUCGAUUCCUGGACCCAUACAUCAAGUCUUUAACCCCGCCACCCCGCGCCGCCAUCGUCCAGCAAGCAACUAACCGCCCCGAUCUGCUCUCCGCCAUUUCCCGGUACACCCUCGACUCAUGCCGUGCGAAACAAGAGUAUCCGGGUUUGAUCUCGUUCUGGGGUGGUAUCAUGGCUGAGGCCGUUAAUGGCAUGAUCGACAAGAUGCGAUCCGGCCGCAGAGCCAUCCAGCUGGAGAACGACCACCUGCUAUUGCAGCAAAUUGGCCCUGUCCUCAGUGAGGCCAUGGUCAUGAAGGAUGUGCCCGGCAUUCAAAUCGCCAGCUACAUGGUGGUCGCUAUCCUGGCUGCGAAGGGCAGCCUCAAUGACAACAUCUUGACUGCCUUUAUGGAGCAGUUGGUCCACGGCUGGACAGUUGAUACCUUGCGCCCUGGCCUUGUCUGCCUAACUAUGCUGGCCCAGCAUCGGUCCGCGAAGCAACUUUCAGGCCGUGUUGCGAAAGCCGUCAUCAAAGUCCCGGACCUGGUUUCCUCUCUACGAGAUAUCAGCAAGGAGCAUCAGGUUGAUAAGCUGGCUAACGGGCUGGUACUGGCUUUUGUUGACAGGCUGGCCAAGAAGGGAGAUAUCCGGACGCUCCCAGUCAUCAACUCGCUGCUGCUGUCCGAGCUGCUUCAGGAAAAGCAGGCUAAGGUUGCUUACAAGGCGCUGCUCCUGGCGGCCCACAAGAUUGACGACAAUGUUGAUGCUGAUGGCAAUAUCCGCAAGCAGGUCGGUUCUGCUCUUGUCAGGUUGUCCCAGGCCGAAGGUGAUGUCGGCGAUGCCAUCCGGACCGCCAUUCAGGAGGUCGACUUCAACAUUGAAGAGCUGGAGCUCAAGCUGGGUGCUGCCAUCCGGCCGAAGCUUGCCAUUGAGGAGGCUCCGGAGCCCUCGGACGAGGCAAUGACCGUCCGGCCGGUUGACCAGAGGCCGAGUCUGGAUUCAACCUUCGAACGGUUGUCGAAGCUGCAGCCCACAGCCACCUCCUGUCUUGCUAAGGAUUCUGAAAGCCUGUUCAACGAUCUGUGUAGCGUUUUCUUGUCAGCUGCCGUUUCCGAGAGCGACCUUGAAAGGUUCGAUGCCACUCCGGUGUUGAGCCGUCCUAAGGCCCCUAGCAACUCGUUUUACCUCAGCUUCUACCUGCGUGUCUGGUGCGGGCCAUAUCCGACAUUGGCCAAGGUGGCAGCUCUUGAGCGCGUCAAAACCCGCCUGAAGGAGGGCGACUGUGUCGACAAGGAUUUUCAGGCUAUUUUCCCUUACUGCAUUGCUGCUCUCAGUGACCCAGCCAAGAAGGUACGUCGUGCGGCAGCCGAUUUGGUCGCCGUCCUGGGGUCUGCCUACAAGUCCUUGGAGAAGAGUCAACAACUCUGGGCUGCGAAGGACUUGUAUGGCAAGACCGGCACUACUAGCCCGCUUGAUAAGGAUGCUCUUAAGGCCUUGAUUCGCUCUGUCCUCAUCCCCUGUUUGGAAGAGUCGGUCCUGCACGAGGACCAUGUGGUCGCGGCCCUCGUCGGUGCCCUGGAGAGCUCCAAGGAUUCUGAGAAUAAGAACGCAGACAAGCGUCAUCUCUCUCACAGCGCCAGGCUUAGCAUCUUCAAGUUCCUCUGUGGGCAUGUCGUCGAGACACCGCUGUUAGCUGUCAAGCUUCGCUUGCUCCGGUCGCUCAACCAGAUCCGUCGCAUCUCUGGUACCACGAGGACCGACCUCUUGCUUCCUCUGCUUCGUUGGUGGGCUGGGCUGAGCGCCAAUGAGGCUGCCGAGCUUGCUGCUCAGGAAUCUGUUGACGUGCCCGCUAUCGAUGACGCUGUCGUCGAUGUUGUCGUUCCCAACCAUGCGGCCGGCCUGGAAGCGUUCUUCCAGCUCGUGAAGGAGGCUAUCAGGCCAGGUCUUCUCCAGGCCAUCUUUGCUCGCAUUGCAAAGAUGUGGCCCUCCAUGAAGUCCGACACCAAGUACUCCACGGCCAAGACUUUGUUCGAGCUUACACAGGAUCCUAAGCUCAAUGCUGAGCAGAGCGACGUUAUCACCGAGGCUGUGGAAGUUCUUCGCAAGGUCGACCUGACAACCGAUAUCCUGCACUACUUCAUCGACUCGCUGCAGGAUGAGGUUCGUCUGGCAACGGAGGGCCCGGCCAACAAGCGGAGACGUGUCAGCACGACGGAGCCCGGGCGUGGUGUUGGCACCCAGAGCAGCCCUGAGCUACAGGCAGCGCUGAGCAAAACCACUUUUGUUCUCGAACUCGUUCAGGAGUCGACUCCGGCGAACCAUCCGGAGCUUCUUCCCAGCUUGUUCACGACCCUCUCGGACCUCCACCAUCUCAGCGCCAUUGUGGGAUCAGAGCUGGGCUACCUUCAGAACCUGGUGCUCAGCAGUCUGCUCGCCAUGAUGCCGACAUACAAGGACAACAAAGAUCUGACGAUCGAUGCCUCGGUUGGCCAUGGCGAUGUCCUUGCCACCUGCAUCCAGAAGUCAACCAGCCCUGCAGUUAUCAACUCAGCCUUGCUUUUGGUGGCUAGUCUGGCUCGCACAGCCCCGGAUGUCGUUUUGCAAAGUGUCAUGCCCAUCUUUACUUUCAUGGGCAGCUCUGUGCUCAAGCAGGCUGAUGACUACUCGGCUCAUGUCGUCAACCAGACCAUCAAGGAGGUCAUUCCCCCGCUCAUUGAGACCUUCCGGAAGAGAGGCCGGAAUGUUGUUGCUAGCGCCAAGGAUCUUUUGGCCAGCUUCGUCACCGCCUACGAACAUAUCCCAUCGCACCGCAAGCACAACCUCUUUAUCUCCCUUAUCCAGAAUCUUGGUCCGGAUGACUUCCUGUUUGCCAUUCUGGCUAUGUUCGUGGAUAGAUACGGAGCUACCGAUAACAUGAUUACCUUUAUGACGCAGCUCAUCAGCUCGUUCACAGUGGAGACCCAACUCCAGACCCUCCUGAAAUUCCUGGAUCUGGUCGGUGACCUGUUCAAGUCCAAGCCUACCCUGUCAAACGUUCUGCUUGGUGGUGGUAGCGGCCUGAAUGGCGAGCAGGAUAUUCAAAAGGCUGCCACCAAGCAGCUCAACCUCCUUCCUCACCUACUGUCCAACCGUCGCUUGAAGCGAGAGAUCAUGCAGCUGGCCGAGAGAGACGACAUGGAGGCCGGUAAGAUCCGCGAACUCUAUGCCGCUCUUCUCGAGGGCAUCCUCACUGUCGCCAGCACUGUCAAGACAAAGAAGACUCUCCAUAGCCGCUGCGGCGACGCCCUGUCGAACUUGCUCAACCUGCUCUCGAUCGCCGAGUUCAUCAAGAGCGUCGAGGCGCUGCUCGACCGGCCCAACAUCGGUCUGCGCCAGAAGGUUCUCCGUGCCCUCGAGCUGCGCGUCGACAGCGAGAGCAGCGUGGACCCAAAGUCGCGCGAGGCCCUGCUGGCUUUCCUGCCACAGCUGACGGCCGUCAUCCGCGAGUCGGACGACAUGAACUACAAGCACACGGCCGUCAUCUGCGUCGACAAAAUCUCGGAGAAAUAUGGCAAGAAGGACCUCGAUGCGGUCGCGGCUGCUGCUACGACCAUUGCUGGCGACUACUGCUUGGGCCAGCCCUCACAGAGCCUGCGCGUCAUGGCCUUGCUCUGCCUGGCGUCGCUUGUCGACGUUUUGCAGGACGGCAUUGUUCCCGUGUUGCCCGUCGCCAUCCCCAAGGCGCUGUCGUACUUGGAGCAGAGCGUGGCAGAGGGCGGUCGCGACGUCGAGCUCCACAAUGCUGCCUACGCCUUUAUGACGGCGCUAGCACAGCACAUCCCGUACAUGAUUACGGGCAACUACCUGGAUCGACUGCUGGCUUGCUCCAACGCGUCUGCGGCGGCCAAUCUGGACGACGAGGCCAACGCUAACCGCAUGCAAUGCCUGCAGUUCCUGGCCAAGCUUGUCGACGCCAGGGUGCUAUAUACUGGGCUCCACCAGAACUGGGCUUCUGCUGCCAAGUUUGGGUUCUCUGCUAUCUCCGAGUAUCUUCAGAUCCUGGGCAUCGCCCUGGACAAGCACUCCAAGACGGUCGUCGUCAAGAACGUAUCCUCGUUGUCGUCCAUCUUUCUUUCGGCUAUGGACCUCCGGCGCACCGUCGCUGCAGGCGAUAUCGCCUCUCAAAUCAGCGCCAUGGAAUUGGAUGAGAUUGAGACCAAGACGCACGAAGACGCCCUUAAAAUGGUCUACAAGCUCAACGACGCCGCCUUUCGCCCCAUCUUUUCCAAAUUCGUCGAGUGGGCGACCACUGGCCUUCCCAAGUCUGAUGUUACUGGCCGCACGUACCGCUUAUAUGUUGUAUUCGGCUUCCUGGACGCCUUCUUCGGCUCGCUCAAGUCCAUUGUCACGGGCUACGCGUCAUACAUCGUUGAUGCAUCAGUCAAGGCCCUUAAGGCAGUGGACUUCGCCGUGCCCGAGGAGCGCAACCUCUGGAAGCGCGUGCUGUGCACACUGGCCAAGUGCUUCGAGCAUGAUCAGGACGGGUUCUGGCAGGCGCCGGCGCAUUUCGGUGCUGUCGCGCCCGUGCUCGUGGAGCAGUUCCUUCGUGCGGAGGGCCAGGUUACCGCGACGAACGUUAAUGAUGUUAUUCAGGAUGUCGUGCCGGCCGUGGUUGAGCUUGCGGCUGCCGUGGAGAGCCAAGAGCAUUACAAAGAGAUUAAUACCGCGCUGUUGAAGCACCUCAGGAACGGCUCGCCUGGUGUCAGGUUGGCGGUUGUUAAGUGCCAGCAGGCGAUUACGGCUAAGCUCGGGGAGGAUUGGUUGCAUCUACUGCCGGAGAUGCUACCAUAUAUUAGUGAGCUGCAGGAUGAUGACGAUGAGGUUGUGGAGAGGGAGAAUAGGAGAUGGAUUGUCGGGAUUGAAGAGAAGCUUGGCGAGUCGCUUGAUUCCAUGUUGCAGUAA